GCGGCCGCCUCCCGCCAGCUCGCUCCGGGGAAAGAGAACGCGCGCGAGCUCGGGCGUCCCCGCCCCAGCCCUUCCCGGAGCCAUGAAUCCCAACUGCGCCCGGUGCGGCAAGAUCGUGUACCCCACGGAGAAGGUGAACUGUCUGGAUAAGUUCUGGCACAAAGCAUGCUUCCACUGCGAGACCUGCAAGAUGACACUCAACAUGAAGAACUACAAGGGCUACGAGAAGACCCCCUAUUGCAACGCACACUACCCCAAGCAGUCCUUCACCAUGGUGGCUGACACCCCGGAAAACCUCCGCCUCAAGCAACAGAGCGAGCUCCAGAGUCAGGUGCGCUACAAGGAGGAGUUUGAGAAGAACAAGGGCAAGGGCUUCAGCGUGGUGGCAGACACACCCGAACUCCAGAGAAUCAAGAAGACCCAGGACCAGAUCAGUAACAUAAAAUACCACGAGGAGUUUGAGAAGAGCCGCAUGGGCCCCAGCGGGGGCGAGGGCCUGGAGCCUGAGCGCCGAGAUGCCCAGGAACGGCAGCAGCUGCCCCACCACAUCCCAGCCAGCGCCCCGGUUUACCAGCAGCCCCAGCCACAGCAGGUGGCUCAGUCCUAUGGUGGUUACAAGGAGCCUGCGGCCCCGGUCUCCAUACCACGCAGUGCCCCAGGCGGGGGCGGGAAGCGGUACCGCGCUGUAUAUGACUACAGCGCUGCCGAUGAGGACGAAGUCUCCUUCCAGGACGGGGACACCAUCGUCAACGUGCAGCAGAUCGACGACGGCUGGAUGUAUGGGACCGUGGAGCGCACCGGCGACACGGGGAUGCUGCCGGCCAACUACGUGGAGGCCAUCUGAGCCCCCGGCCCCGCCCCGCCCCCGGCCGUCUUCAGUGCAUUCCACGCCAUUGCAUCUGUCCUCGGCGGACCUGUCCACCCUUCAGUGUCUCUGUUUUUUUAAAUCUGCGACAGCUUGUUUAUUCCCACCCUCCUCCAGCUUCUCUUGCCAACUGAAGCCUUGUUCUGCCACUUUUGCGGGCUCUUCCUCUGGCACGUUUUCCCCUUGACCAACUUCUCGGUUUUCUCUCUGGACGGAACAGGUGUGGAGCUCUGGGGGGGAAGUGGGGGCUGAGGCCCGGGGAGCUGGUCCAGGAUUGGAGACCCGUUGGCUCCCAGGCCUCUGCCUUCUCUCUUUCCUGCCCCCUCAGACCUUCCUGCCCCUCCUCACACACCCCAACUUUCCAGGACUCCCAGGGGAGGGGCUCCGUGCAUUCCCAGAUGGGACCCUACCACCCUCGCCCCUGGGAGGGGCUUUGCCUCUGCUUCUCAAAGACAGGGCUGCCGGCCCUCCGAGGGGGCCCCUCACCACCCUCUCCCACUCUCAAGGACCACAGAGGAGGGUAGAGUUCCCGCGUUGGGAUUCAUUCGUCCCUCCCCACAUGUGUUCCUUCUCACACUGUGAUUUCGCUCUCCUGCCCACACAGAGCGGUGUGGGCGAGGAGCUCCCCAGGAAGCACGGCUUGAGUCAAGUGCUCUCGCCUUUCUUACUUUUAGGGACGGCUGCAGGAAGGAGGGGAACGGGGUGUUAUCUCCCACAGCCCCUUUCCUUCCUCCUCUCCCCAGUCCCCAGGCGCUCCGGCUGUCUCCUGAACCACGAGCCAGCCCCCCUGAGCUCUGGGUUAGGUGGGCCACCCCCCCUCCUCCCCAUGGGAAGAUGUCUCAGGCCUCCCACAGCCGCCCCUCCUCGGCCCACAGCCAAGUGGACUGGAACUGUGCAAAGCCACAGGACCUCUCUGUCUCCAGGACUCCGCAUGUGGGGAAGGAGCUUGUCUGUAUCUGUGACAGGCUAGUGGCAAUGAAGCAGUCAGGGUCCAGGCCUGUGGGAGUCUCUGGGAGGGCCCCAGGGGAGAGACGUCCCUUGUGGUUUCUUUGGUGUGAAAAUUCCUCCUUUCCUUCGAUUGCCAAACGGCGGAAGCCCACCCACCCCCCCUUCCAGUGUGCCGGGCAGAGGUAAAGGGGGGUGGUUGUAGAGUGGGUGGGGCUGAUGUUGGGGCCCACAGCUUGCUGGGGUGAGGGUGGGGGCAGGCUUCGUGGCUCUAGGCCUAUUCUUUCCCUCCCAAAUCAGUGCCCCGGGCUUCAGAGGAGGGCAUCAGACCACCCUGUGUCACCCACACUGGGGGUGCCUCACCGCUCCCCGGCCUCCCCCUCGCUAACCUCAGGCCCCUUGAAGCAGAAGGAGAAGGUCCCAGGGCUUCAAAACUGGAAGCACAGACCCCGGGAUGAGGAAGGGAAAGAUGGUGCUAUCUCCAAGUCCCUUCUCGCUCGUUGGCAGCUGUGACGACCCUUGCUUGGCUUUGUUCAUCUCUGGGCUCUCUCAACACCCCUCUGGGCCUCCCCCUCCUGUCUUCACCCCAGGCUCCCCAGCAAUCAGGUCCUCACUGCUUGGGGGUUGAUGGAAUAUUUUCCCCAAAUCAGAAGGAUGGAGAAAGGACUGUUGGCGGGGGCGGGGGAGCCCCCUGCCCGACCCAUCUCCCUCCUCUGGCCCCGGCCGAGGUGAAGGCAGGUGGAGGGUCUUUAUUGUUGGACGGUUUGGGGGAUGAGGGAGGCAGAAAGGAAACAGUUUGGGGAGCUUUGGGGGAGGCAGCAGUCCACUACCUUUCCUCUUGAUCUCAAAGCACAGCUUGGAUUUGGGGACCAAAGGUCAGAGACGGCUCUUGGGGGAGGAUCUGCUGGGAGUGCGGAGCGUGAUGGGAGGGAAGCCUAGAGGAGCAGGAGGCGGCCUGUUUUCCCUUCGCUUUGUUCUCUUCGAAAACAAGGCAGGCCAGCCACUGGGACCUUGCUGCCGGCCCCUCUGCUGCUCCCAUCCUAAAAACAGGGGACUUUUUCUUAUACACCCCCAGAGAGAAGGACUGUCAGUCACACUGGUGCUGAGGGACCCAGGGGCUGCUAGGCAUCCUUGCUUCUUUCCAGAACCAUCCAACCCUACAAGAGCACAGAACCAAGGGUUGGGCCGAGUCCCUGGCCUUUUCAUACAGUUCGCAAAGGUCUUUGGCCAGUCUAAUCCCAGGAAAGAUGAUGCAUCAAAGCUAGAAUGUGAAUAUAACUUCAGUGGACCAAUAAGAAAAUACAAGAAGCCCAGUGGUGAGAAAAGUGAAUUCUGUCACACUGCUUCCUAUUUUCUUCCUCAUGUCCCUCCAGGGAAAAUGACCUUACUGCUUCAUUUCUGCCUUUUUCCUCCCACAUACGCACUUUUGGGCCUUUUUUUUUUUUUUUUAAUAGCUGGAAAAAAAAAAUACCACCCCACAAACCUGUAUUUAAAAAGAAACAAAUGACCAUGUGAAAAUUGCCUCUGUCCAAACAUUUCAUCCGUGUGUGUGUGUGUGUGUGUGUGUGUGUGUGUGUGAAGCCGUCGGUUCUUUUUAUAUGGGGUGGUUGUCUUUUCUUGGUCUGUUCUGGUCCCCUCCCUCGUGGGCUUGUGCUUGGGAUCAACUCUUUCUGGCCUGUUAAUGAUUCUCAACAUUUGACUUGGACCACAAGUGAAUCUUUCUCCUGGUGACUCAAUAAAAGUAUAAUUUUUACCUGUG